AGGGUAGAAAGGAAGGAAGGGGAGGAGCCGCGUCUGCCUGUGGGGAGCAGGGUAGCUGUUGGCUUGGUGUUUAAGUGGCGCCUUCCCCUUCCUUGCGUGUGUCUGCUCGCCGCUGUUUUUCCUGAGGGCUCCCCUUCCCUUCCGACCCCGGGUUAGCAGUCCCCAACAUUCCCGUUAGGGAGUCGCAUAUUCGUCCGCCGGAUGGAGGGAGGCCGGUGCGUGCCCCUGUCCCUGAUCAGCGCCGUGCAGGAUAAUACUCCCUUCCCUCCCAUUCUGAAGUGCGGCCACCCGCUCUACUUCAAGAGGGAGGGUGGACGCCUUCCCUCUAUCUUUGCCUUUCCCUCAGAUUGCUUAAAGGCGGGAAGAACGGGCACAAUUCUGAGGCGGUAGACUGGACUGUGCCAUUUAAGCAGUGUGAUGCUAUGGUCUUCGCUUAUCUUUGCAGUUAUGAGGAAUAUUUGCAAAAAGGGAAAGUAUGCCAUAUAAAAUUAAUUAUUGGCAUCAUAUACUCUUUUUAAAAAUGCAUUUUUCCAAUAAAUUAAGGAGCUCUUGAUUCAUGACAAUUGUUUAAUGGUUCUGAUUUUAGAAUCAAAUAUCUUUUGAGUAAAUAUAGUACCUGUAUACUUCAGCAUUUAAAUUGAUUCCUGCUACUCAUAUUUAAAGGGAGAAAACUAAAAAGUUGAAAGAAAGACUUAUUACAAUGCAUAAGCAAAUGGAAUUCCAGGAUGAUUAAGUAUUAAUCCCUUUACUGCAGAAAGAAGUACAUUGACAUCUGGAAAAGAUGAAACAACUAAAAAGGAAAAGAAAAAGCAAUUUCAGUGUUCAGGAGACUCAAACAUUGCUUAAAGAAAUCCGAAAAAGAAGAGAGGUGCUUUUUUCCAAACAGCUAAAUACGACUAUUAACGAGAUGAAGCGGAAGGCUUGGGAAGAAAUUGCAGAAUGUGUAAAUGCUGUAGGUGAAGGAGAACAAAGGACCGGGACAGAAGUCAAAAGGCGAUACCUUGACUGGAGAGCCCUUAUGAAACGAAAGCGACUGAAUACUAACAUAAAGUUGGUUGGAGCUGGCUUUCAUCUCCCUUCCUCUGAUCUGGAUGAUUCUCUCAAUGAAGAUAUUGAUGAGAAAAUAAGUUUUCCAAAUGAAUCUAAUUUUGAAUGGCAAAAUAUCACAGACUUCAGAGAAGCAGGGGGGUCAUUAACCGAAGUGAAAGUAGAAGAAGAAGAGGAAGAUCCGCAAAGUUUUGAAUUUCCUAUUGAGGAAGAAGAGGAGAUUUUGUCCUCAGUUUUGCCAGAUUCCAAAAAGGAAAGUGACCUUCCUGAUUUCACCCAUAUUGAAGAAUUUGGAAAUCUAAGUUCUGCUCAAGCUAGGCUGGCUUAUGAAGAUUCCCACUUACUGAUUAGCUUGGAGAAGCAGAAGCUAGAGCUGGAAAAACAACGCCUGGAUAUUGAAGCGGAACGACUGCAAGUUGAGAAGGAGCGUCUGCAGAUUGAAAAAGAGCGGUUGAGGCACAUUGACCUGGAACAUGAGAGGCUUCAACUGGAGAAAGAGCGGUUACAAAUUGAGCGGGAGAAACUGAGGCUUGAAGCUCAGCAUGGUGAAAAACCUAUCUUGGAGAAUGAUCCAAAUCAGGCAGAAAAGCCUGUCCUACAACCUUUUGAUUUAGAAACGGAAAAACUGAAAAUUGAGAAAGAGCGUUUGCAGCUUGAGAAGGAGAGGCUGCAAUUCCUGAAGUUUGAAUCAGAAAAGCUGCAAAUUGAAAAAGAACGCUUGCAAGUGGAGAAAGAGCGACUUCGAAUUCAGCGAGAAGGGCAUUUGCAGUGAACUUGGAGGAAAUAUUACCAAUGUUGUGUUUUGUUGUUUGUACUUUUUUCUAAAAAAGAGAAUUGUUGUUUUGUUUCGUUAAAAGUGUUGGAUAGUCUGGUCUUCAAAGCAUUUCACUACAAUGAUACCGCUUUGCUACUGUGGUAAUUACACUUUGAGAGUACUUUUGUUUUGGCCAUAAUUGAGCAUUAAUGUAUUCAUUUAAAAAAAAAAAGCUGGGAAUUGGUGCUCAGUAAGUUGUUGUGCCUGUAUAAAUAGAAGCUAUUUGUGAAAUUACAUUUUGGUGAAACAGAAGAAGUGUGAAUAUCCUCUUGUACUCUCUGUUGUGUAACUUUACAUCCACAUUAAGAAUCAAGGCUUGGCAAUGUCUUGUCAUUUUGAGAAGGUUAUUCUAAAUCCAUAGGAGCCUUUAAUGUAAAUUUGUAUCUGAGUGAAGAAGUGAGUUUGAAAUAAGUCUUGCACAAAAAAUAAAGUUAAAUUUCAAAAGUUAUGCCUUUAAUGUAAGGCAUGUUCUUUAAAAAAAUUAAGGCCAGAGGUUAAAGCUCUUAAUGUUUUUGUUCUCAGUGCAUUUGUAGAAAAAGAAAAAAAAAGUUUCAAGUGUAUUAUAAGAUAUUUCACAUUUAUGUCUAAGCUUGACCAAACCUACAGCUUUAGUAUAUAAUUUUGGAAGCCAGUUUGAUAUUCAAGUGUUUGAGUUGGAAUAUAUUUCUUGGGAUUUAAAUAGAUUAUUUGGAUUUAUCAGUUUAUUUACAUCAUAUGUAAUUAUUCUUAUUUUGCAAAUAAAGUGUUAUUUUAUUAUUGAAA